UCAGGAUCCUCCUCCCCUUCAGCUCGCAGGUGUUUCAGCAGCAGGAGGUGAUCGGAGCGCCAAACCCAAACUUUUUACGCACCGUGCAGCUGCUGUCGCUUCACCUUUCCUUCUUCUUCGGCGGUUUUUUUUUUUUACACCUGAACAUCAACAGCUGCAGCAUUUUUUUUCUCGUUCACACCAGAUUACAAUGGAUUAACAUUUUUUUUCCGGGAAGCAUGCUUACAUUCUCGGUUCGUCCGGGGUCGCGACGCCGAGUGUUUGCAGGGAACAGAUCCGACUUGGAUGGCGUCCAUUCCCGUUUCCGCAUUCCCGCGGCCGCCGUGCGCACUGCAGGCGCGGAGCUCAAAUCCAUGAUCUCAACAGAAAAAACCGGUUCCUCCGGCUAAUCUACCCAACUAUUGCUGGCGGUGCAUUAUGUUUCCAGCCCAUGGAAGAGAGCUACACCGGAGGACUGAACAGCAGGUGACUGUAGGCUGUAAAAGGUUGUUGUCAGCGGAUUGAUUAACCCUGAAGCGCGUCGUAUCGAUCGGUGUUAUAAUAAAGCCUGGAAUAAACCCGCCGCCGCGCUCCUUCAUGUCCCGGGAUGGAGAGUUGCUGUCGCUCCUGUAUGCCGUGUCUAAACCGGCUCUGGAACUGGGUAUGGCCGGAGUUCCGCUACCCAAACGUCCCCAACCACAACCAUGUCAUCGCCAACCCGGCGGCGCAGUCCGCAGAGAUCCGCACCGUGUCGGGCGACAUCCGCGUCCCUUCGCCCAAGAAGCGACCGGUGCAGCUGUACGCGGCGCUCUUCGACUUCGAGGCCCGCAGCGACGACGAGCUGACGGUCAAGGAGGGGGACAAGCUGUCGGUGAUCGAGAAGCGAGGGGAGUACGUGCUGGCCAAGAAGCUGACCGGGUCUCUGGAGUCCGGAUUGAUCCCGGCGAACUACGUGGCUCUGCUGCAGGACGAGUUCGCCAAACACAAGUGGUACUAUGGGAACAUAAACCGUGUGAAAGCUGAGAAGCUGCUGCUUGCUUCCCAAAACAAAGAUGGCUCCUUCCUGGUUCGCAUCAGUGAGAGUCACAGUGACGAGUACACCAUCUCCGCUCGCAGCGAGGCGAAGGUGUACCACUUCAGGAUCCAGCGCUCCACCAUCGGCGCGUACUUCGUCUCAGAUAAGAUCUCCUUCGCCACGCUGGGAGAGCUGAUCUCUUACUACCAGAAGAACCCUCGCAGCCUGGGAGUGCUGCUGGAGGAGCCCUGCGCACAGCAGCGGGAACUCUUCGACAUGGAGCCGUGGGAGAGACCGCGAGAGGAGUUCAGGCUCCACAAGAAACUGGGAGAAGGACACUUCGGAGAGGUGUGGGAGGCUCUGUGGACCACGGAGAACACGAAAGUGGCCAUAAAGACGCUCAAACAAGAGGACACGAAGCAGGACGAGUUCGUGAAGGAGGUUCAGGCGUUGAAGAGCCUCCAUCACCCCAAACUGAUCCAGCUGUUGGCGAUGUGCUCCAGAGGAGAGCCGGUCUACAUCGUGACCGAACUCAUGAGCAAAGGAAGCCUCAAGUCCUACCUGGCCUCUGCUGAAGGCCAGGUGCUGACGUCAGCUCAUCUGAUCUACAUGGGCAGUCAGAUCGCGGAGGGCAUGGCCUACCUGGAGGACAGAAACAUCGUCCACAGAGACCUGGCAGCCAGGAACAUCCUGGUGGGAGAUGAUCUGGUCUGCAAGGUGGCCGACUUCGGAUUGGCUCGUAUUAUUAAGGACAGUGUGUAUACGGCCAGUCGAAGCACAAAGAUCCCGGUGCGUUGGACGGCUCCCGAGGCGGCGAUCUACCAGCGGUUUUCUGUAAAAUCAGACGUUUGGUCAUUCGGGGUGCUGCUGUACGAGAUGAUGUCACGUGGCAAAAUGCCUUAUGAAGGAAAAAGCAAUAAGGAAGUGUUGGAUCUGCUGUCAUCUGGGUUUCGACUGCCCUGUCCGACCCGCUGUCCUCCGAAUAUUUAUCGCAUCAUGAUGGACUGCUGGGCCGCCGAGCCCUCCAAGAGACCCUCCUUCCACGCCCUGCACAGCCAGCUGGACACAAUAUAUGCCAGGAUAUAUUUCAAGACCAUAGAGGUAUAGAAAGAGGGAUGCGAGGAGGAAGAGGACUCUAAUCAUCACAGCAGGAUGGACUCCAGUGAGCUGAAGAAAAGGGUGAAAGAGAAACACUUUGAUCAACUUGUUUUCACCAGCCGGCUUCACAGGAAAGAAAGGAGGGUGAGAAACGGCAAGGAAAUAGUUCUCCUCUCCUGUGCAACUCACUUCAACAACAGGGUACAUGUACUUUAAAACACCAAGGUGAGAAAGAACAGAGAGAGGAAACACAUGAGGACAAACAGGAGUGAAAAAUGUGGAAUACUCCCAUUUCUUAGGCUAAGAGAAACGAGGGCGGACUAAUGAAUGAGGACUGAAAAUAACCUGGGAAAGGUGUGUAAAUACACUCCUACCUAAAAUAAACCCUCAGCACAUUCACAGCACCGACCGAUUUUUAAUUUUAUACCCUUUUGUGUUUUAUAAAUAAUAUUUUAUUAC